AGGAAACAUUUUUUCUUCAUGGAAUACUCCGUAGUUCAGUGAGGUGAAUGCUAAAGACUGUAAAGAGCAAAAGUGUGAAGUGAAGAAUCAAUACGAUGACAACAACGCUCACAAGCUCCAUCUUUCGCAGCCCAAUAAACGUGAGGUUCCGGUUGAAUCACCACACGAUCUGCCCACUGAAGCAAAAAAUUCAGGUGAUUAGAAUUUCGAAGAGGAACUACGGCGGAUUGAUAAUUAGGUGCACCAGCGGCAGUAAUGGUGGUGGGAACACUGGAGACGGGAAGUUGGAAAAGGACAACUCUUCCAGCACUGCUACAGCCACGACUACCACCGUAGCUUCUGACGGCACCGCUGAGGACAGGCGCGGCCCAGGCGGUGCUACAGAUUCCGAUAAUUCUCUAGCGUCUGUUUCUCCAAGACAGCCAACACUUGCUGGAUCACCUUAUAAUAAUUUUCAGCUAGAUUCUUUCAAAUUGAUGGAACUUCUUGGACCUGAAAAAGUUGAUCCUUCUGAUGUUAAGGUGAUUAAAGAGAAACUUUUUGGCUAUUCCACUUUCUGGGUGACAAGAGAAGAACCAUUUGGAGAUCUGGGAGAGGGUACUCUUUUCAUUGGAAAUCUUAGGGGAAAGAGGGAGGACGUGUUUGCCAAACUUCAGAGUCAGCUAUUUGAAAUUAUGGGUGAUAAGUACAACUUAUUCAUGGUGGAAGAACCUAAUUCUGAAGGACUAGAUCCACGUGGUGGGCCUAGAGUCAGCUUUGGAAUGCUGCGUAGAGAGGUUUCUGAGCCCGGCCAGACUACUUUAUGGCAGUAUGUAAUUGCUGUUAUAUUGUUUCUUCUAACAAUUGGAUCAUCCGUGGAACUAGGAAUUGCAUCUCAGAUUAAUCGCCUUUCUCCCGAGAUAGUUAAGUAUUUUACUGAUCCAAAUGCCACUGAGCCACCAGAUAUGGAGCUUUUAAUACCUUUCAUUGGUUCUGCUUUGCCCCUGGCUUAUGGUAUCCUGGGAGUGCAGUUAUUUCAUGAAUUUGGGCAUCUUCUGGUUGCCUUACCAAGAAAAGUGAAACUGAGCAUUCCAUAUUUUAUUCCAAAUAUCACGCUCGGGAGCUUCGGAGCGAUCACUCAGUUCAAGUCUAUUAUUCCUGACCGAAAAGCAAAGGUUGAUAUUUCCAUAGCUGGCCCAAUUGCUGGUGCUGCAUUGUCCUCUGCCAUGUUUGCCAUUGGGCUAUUACUUUCUUCAAGCCCAAAUGCUUCAGGAGACUUGGUUCAGGUUCCUAGCACACUUUUCCAGGGGUCCUUGCUUCUUGGGCUUAUCAGUAGAGCUACUCUUGGUUAUUCAGAACUCCAUGCAACUUCAGUUUCAAUCCAUCCUUUUGUGAUUGCUGGAUGGUGUGGCUUAACUACAUCAGCUUUCAAUAUGCUUCCGGUUGGGUCUCUUGAUGGUGGAAGAGCUGUGCAGGGUGCUUUUGGGAAAAAUGCAUUGAUUGCCUUUGGUCUGGCAAGCUAUACUAUGUUGGGACUAGGAGUGCUUGGUGGACCAUUGUCACUACCAUGGGGAUUAUACGUGCUAAUAUGCCAGAGGACACCAGAGAAGCCUUGCUUGAAUGAUGUGACAGAGGUUGGGACCUGGAGAAAAACACUUCUUUCUGUUGCUGUAAUUCUUGGAGUGUUGAUUCUUCUUCCGGUAUGGGAUGAGCUUGCCGAGGAGUUGGGCAUUGGUCUUAUAUCAAGCUUUUGAGUGUAAGGGAUAUGGUGAACUCCGCCCAGUUUUGGUUAAGACUGCAAGUAUUUACACUUGAUAAAUUCUUUUUGAAGGGCUAGCAGUACCAUCGAUGCAAGGAAAAGUAAUAGGCACUGGGAGGUGGUUUAGAAAUAGUCCCUUCUCUGCUCAACUUAACUGAGAAAGAAUCAAAGAACCCCUAGUUAUGGGUAUCUUCCUGCUAGAAGAUGCAGUAUUCCGAAAUUUGCUUCCUUCAAGGAGUGAGGAUGCAUAAAAUCUUUUUGUGUCUUGUUCUUGGCACUUGAAAGAUAUUUUCAUGUGGGGUUCAAUAAAUGGUGUUCAGUCAUGAAGCAGCAGUAAACACAGGCUGAUAGAUUGUAUGUUUGGGGAAAGCUUGCCUGUAGUUGUAAAUAAAGAGGGUGACUUGAGGUAGUAGAAAAGACCGUCAUUGAGAAAGUGAGCGAUGUAGCCUGGGAUUAGAGCCACCCAACAGUUUAUAAACUUAAGUAAGCUUAGGAAUAUAAUCACCUGACAACAGUUUACAAACUAAAUUAUUUUUAUAGCUAGGGAAGUAUUACAUAUAAUUUUUGUAGCUUACUUUAGUGAUCAUUCUCACCAUUUGCAAUGGAGCUAAGGACACUAUUUUUUGGCUUGGAAAUAUGAUGGAAUAAAGCAAAAUGUUUC